AUGGGUCGGAAGAAGAAGGAGGCCCAUGAAGGAAAGCAGACGCUGAAGCAAGCAAAGGCGGCUUUCAAGGCGCGUGGGUCGACCUUCGUCACAGACACCGAGAAGCGUCAACUUGAGCGUGGCGCCAUCCUGUUGCAACGUGCUGAGCGCAUCAAAGAGGCCGAGACACGACGGAAGGAAGUGCUGAAAAAGAAAGCCGUCCAAGACUCAAAAGCAUCAAAGGUCUGCCUGCUGGGCACUCAACGUGUCAAUGACAAGUUCGGCCACCAAAGGAGUCAGUUCCACUUGGGCGCCUUCUUGAAGCCUAAGCCCGCUGCUCCUGCUGUCGCUCCUGCGCCCUUGCCGACCGUACGAGAAGAGUCGCCAAUAGAGCCUUGGGAAGACGACGAUGUAGACGACGAUACCCUGCUUGACUUGGCUGGAGAGUCGCCCGUCACGACACUCAAAACACCAUCCGCUCAAGCACAAUCACAGCAGACGCCUAGUAAGACUCAUAGCGAUGUGAAGCACCAACUCGUAUCUCCUUCGACGACGGAUGAAUUUGGCAGCUGGGGAGACUUUCUUGAAGGUAGCUCCCAGCUAGCACGCGACCUUUCCAUACCUCAGAAGCCCACUCCAGCCACCACGCCUUCAUUCGACCGUACACCAUCAUUCACAUCCGCCGAUUUUGAUCUCUCGGCAGACGACCUUGAAGAGCUGGACUGGUCGGUCAACGAUCCGCCUCCUCAAAACACAAUUAUUGCGCCACAAGCCAACAAGAAUGAAGGACUGAGAUCCUGGCUCGAUCAAAAGAAAUUGAAAGGAGAGGCAGAGCACGACAAAGACCGAAAGCUGAUGCCACCUCCCAUGAUACCCGCCAAACGCCCUUUGCCUACGAGCACCUCCACCAGCUCUGCGGCACAAACAGCCGUGCCACCUGUAACCCACGGCAUCAGCCUGGCUGAUCUUGAGUGUCUGGCCAGCGAAGAGAUAGAAUUGAGUCAAUUUGGGUGA